UUGAGAAGACAGAAUUGGGCUUUCAGGCCAACGUUGGCCUUUUCCCAAAAAUUGAUAAUCCACUUUAUAAUUCAGUGUACCAUAUGUGUUUAAUGGCCUCUGACCUAUCUUGCUGGAGCAUAACUAUCCAGUAAAUUGUUUAAAACAAACAUACAAAAAACCCAUAAAUAAAACAAAUGCAUAUAAUUCAAGGGAAAAUUCCAAUAUUAAACAAUAAAGAAUUAACAGCAAAUGCUGUACACUGAUGUACUAAUGUGCCUUAUAAUCAGGUGCGCCCUAGAAGUAUAGUAGGCUAGAAGAGGUUUCGAAAGUAUAGCUUUCAAAUUAAUUUGUAGGGUUUUGACCAUGAUUUAAAUGUUCAAACCAUGAAAGGUGCUUGCCACGAGACAAAAACACGCAACAAGUGCGCAGUGUAGUGAUUACCAGCUGAGGGGCAAUAAACUUCAAGUUACGAUAAAGCAACCUGAUAAGAUAAAAUGACAAACUUUGUCCACAAAUUGGAUGGCAGUCAUUUGGACACAGUUAUUGGCAGCACCAUCAGCGCAAACAAGGCCAUGCUGCGAACGGCCACUCUGUGCUUGCUCCUUUGGGAGGCCUCGUGGACACUCGGCGCCCCCACCAGCCAUCCCAGGCAGAAGGUCCUGCUCGUGUCCUUUGACGGCUUCCGCUGGGAUUACGACCGCGACGUUGACACGCCCCACCUGGACCGCAUGGCUCUCGACGGCGUCAAAGCUGACUACGUGACUCCGCCGUACCUCACAAUCACUAGCCCCACACACUUCACGCUCCUUACAGGUCGCUACAUUGAGAACCAUGGCGUGAUCCACAACAUGUGGUUCAACACCAGCAGCACGGAGAAGAAGCCAUACUACCAGACCCAGUUUGUCAACGAGUGGUGGGACAAUGGCACGCUGCCCAUCUGGAUCACGGCUCAGAAUCAGGGUCUGAAGUCUGGUUCCCUUCACUUUCCUGGCACGGCGUCCAGCUACCAGGGCCAGACGGCAACGGUGCGCGAGGUGGAGCCACUUUUGUACAACUACAAAAAUGAGACGGCAUGGCGUCAGAACGCCGACAAGGUGAUGAGUUGGUUCCGCAACCUGGAUCUGGACUUUGUGUCACUUUACUUUGGCGAGCCAGAUGGCACCGGGCACCGCUACGGCCCGGACUCCCCUCAACGGCGCGCCAUGGUGCAGCAGAUUGACCGCACCGUGGGUUACAUCCACCAGUCGGCGGAACGCCACGGGCUGAGUGACGUCCUAAACAUCAUUAUCACCUCCGACCACGGCAUGACCACCGUGUACCGGAACGGACUGGUAGAGGAAAUCACUCUUUCCCAGAUUCCGGGGUUUUCCUUUGGGGAUGUGUCCUUCCACCUAGUGGACUUCGGGCCCUCGGGGAUGCUACUACCCAAGCCUGGUAAACUAGAGAAAGUGUACCAGGCGCUAAAGGGGGCGCACCCACACCUCCAUGUCUACAAGAAGGAAGAGAUGCCUGAGCGCCUCCACUUCUCCAACAACAGCCGCAUCCUGCCCAUCAUCUUGCUAGCUGAUACUGGAUAUGUCAUCAACGGAUACUUCCCAGUCCAGUUCAACAAGGGUGAGCACGGCUUCGACAACCAGGAAAUGGACAUGAAGGUUUUCUUCCGAGCAGCGGGGCCGGCUUUCCGCAAGGGCCUGAAGGUGGCCCCAUUCGACACAGUCCAUAUCUACCCGCUUAUGUGCCACCUCCUGGGAAUCCGGCCCGAAGUCAACGAUGGUCGCCUGGAGGCCACGGCCAACAUGCUACGAGAUAACCAACACCUACACGGCAAGCAUGUAAACCUCGGUCCAAACUUUGUCACCGGCUUGGCUGCAAUGACUGGAUUUCUUGCAGUCGUUUUUGUUGCUGUUAUGGCACGCACAAUGGUCAACGACAAACGACAUAAAAGAUCGACAUCUUGCAUGAAACCUGUAGAAGAGAUUCAACAGACUUCAUUUUGAGCAAAAACAAUAAUUCAGUGUUUCACUUUGUGUAUGUAUAUAUACGAAUCAUGAAUAAACAAGUAUUUAAAUCCAUUUAAAAUCAUAAA